AAAACAUUGUCAGCUACGUUGCUCCUAAAAUGCAUAUCUAGCUAUACAGCAGUGAACCGACAAAAAAAGGCAGGUUUGAGCGGAAACAAGUUUAACGGGGUCAGCAUCAGAAGACGACGGCUCGAGUGUCGAACACGACUCAUUCUGCGUCAUUUUUUGCCAAUGGGUCAUGUCUCAAAACGUCUUUAUUCCUCCGCUUCAAAGCUAGCUGUUUCCACUUCACAGCUGAAGCAGUUUCCGCCAAAAGAGGCCAUCCUCAGACCAGACUCUGGCAAACCGAAUUUCUUUGACCCGGAAUCAUGGGCAACACUUCAACCCCCACCUACAUCUGCCCUCACCGCGUUCGCUCACAGAAUAGGUCUUGCGAACGUCUUGUCGUCCGCAGAUGUAGUUCGACGCGCUUGCACACACAAGUCGUUUGUCAAUCUUCAUGCUAAAUAUUACCCUUCGAGCCCUGCACCCCCAACAAACGCGAAUCUUGCGACGCUAGGAAACACUUUGAUGGGAUUGUUUGCAUCCGAACAUCUUCAUGCUGCAUACCCGCAUCUACCGACUCGCGUUUUAAAGGCUGCAGUCAGCGCACAUGUUGGUCCAUUGACAUGCGCGAGUGUCGCUCAGGAAAUGGGUGCGGUACCCUUACUACGGUGGCAUAGACAGCCUACGACACCAAUGUCUCCAGCGCUGCUGCACUCGGAUGCACUAGCAUCGAUACCGAGGGCAAUAACUGCCCUUGUCUACCAAGAAAUAUCACUCCAGUCCGCACGGAAAUUUGUUCAGUCGUUUUUCUUGAGUAGGCAGGUUGACCUUCGGGGCAUGAUCAAAUUCCGUGAUCCAAAACGAGCCCUUAUAGAAACUGUGGAAAAAUUCGGUCAUGAACGUCCUAAAUCUAGAUUACUCAAGGAGACCGGUCGUUAUUCGAAUUCGCCCGUAUUUGUAGUGGGCAUUUUUUCUGGACAAGACAAGCUUGGCGAGGGUUUCGGUAGUUCGUUGAAGAUGGCAGAAUACCGGGCAGCUGAAGACUCGCUACAUCGGUUAUACCUCACUCGGACACCAGACCACCUUCUCCAAGUUCCUUCGUCGACAUUCCCUUUCAAGCAAGGUAAUAUCUACAAGGCUGGAUCGGAGGCAUCAUACACCCCCGGGGUGCUCGGCGAGGCGGAAAUUAUGUAUGCGAGCUCAGGGCGCAGCAAUAUCGUUGCUCCCAAGCGACCGACACUAGAAGAGGUGGUGGCGAGACGGGACGGUCUGGAUGUAUAGUACACAAUCUUGCUUAAUUUGCACAGUUCACCCUUGAAGUCUUAAGAACCACGCGAAGUCCCUAUAUAAGAAGGAACGACCGUCUUCCUUACAUCCUGGAUUCUGAUAUCUUGCUUAUAACCACAGCCUAGUGCGGCCCCCGAUUCUCGAGGCGCGUAUCUGUACCAGCCGCACUAGGGAGUAUCGACGAGAGCGUUCUCCCCACACCUCGUUGAACCUAUUCUUCUAGAUGUCUUUUCAUAGCCAUG